GAUGAAGAUAAUAAUGAAGCAGAAGAAAAUGAAGAAGACUUGAAUUCUUCUUCUGACUCAGAAAGUAAUUCUAACUCAAGAGAAGUGUCUGAAUCAGAAGAAAAAUGCGAUUCAGAUCAAAAUGAAUGGGCUGAGAGAGAAUCACUAUCCACAGUCAUGGAGGAAGAAUUGAAAAAUAUACUUCCUGUGCAUAUUCGUUGUGCGAGUCACACCCUUAAUCUUGUGGCGACAACUGACGCAAUGGUGUGUAUCAAGUCUUCAAAAUCUUUGGAGUCGAAUUACAAUAAGAUGAUCGACCGUUGUAGUUCACUGUUGCAACUGUUAUCUGCACCUAAAAAGGCUGAAAAUGCCAAGAGUAUUUUAGGUAAAAGCCUUAAAAGACCUGUUGCAACGAGAUGGAACUCUCUCUACGACUCACUCAUUCAAAUAUUUAGUUUGAAGGAGAAAAUUUUAAACAACGUCCAAGCGUUGGAAAUGACCAAGCCACUUAAAGAAACAGAUUUUAGAUUCAUCGAAGAAUAUUGCCGUUGUCACCAACCUAUCGCCCAGGCUAUCGAUGUUUUACAAGGCGAUCAAAUUGCAUCAUACGGAUAUUUACUACCUACUCUUAUAAUGACUCGAAAGAGACUAUUGGCUUGCAAAGAUCUGAAGUUUCACUAUUGCCAGAAAUUGGUUUCUGGAUUAAUUGGAGCUGUAGAAAAGCGAUUCAAAAAUAUUUUUGCUGUUGUGGAUGAAGGAAGAACAGCUGCUGUAGCUGCAGCUUGUCAUCCAAUGUUCAAGCUAAGGUGGUUAUCUUCUCUAAAUAAUAGCGCUCAAGAUAAUGUAAUGAAGGCUAUUCAGGAGGCAAUCGAAUUCUUCUGUGACACUCCUGUUGAUCAGUCACAAACUUUACCAGCAGGGGCUAUAGAUGAUUUCUUCGAUUUCGAUGACCAACCUUUAAACACUGAUUCUAAUUCUAUUACUCCUAGUACUUCUACGUCACUUAGUUCUACUGCUUCCAAUACUUCUGUUGCAUCGAGUUCCUCUGCAAGACCGUUUGGCUCAACUGUUCCAGAGGUAAACUUUAUUAAAUUCACAACCAAAGCAAGGACAGACUUUCAAAUUUUGAACUCCUAUCCAAUCGUAAGAGAAAUUUUUUUGAAAACAAACACGAUUUUACCGCCUUCUGCACCAGUAGAACGACUUUUUAGCUACGCCACCAUGUGCGACCUUCCAAAAUAUACUAAACUAAGUGAUAAAAACUUUGAACUAAGAGUGAUAAUGAAGUGCAAUGCAAGCGCUGCAAAAAAAAAA